GGUUCAAUUUAGGUGCGCCACAGGUUGUAUUUAGUGCGCGGCACAUGGCCGUUCUUCGGGCCGAGUUUUCCCAGUUUUAGUGGUUUUAGCGGUUUUUUGCCGCCGCAGAAGCUGAUUCUAAAAGCUAGAGACUCCCCAUUCCCGCGAUGUUGACAUCCAAGACGUUCGUGAAGAAAACUAAAACGGGGAACGUUCUCAAAGUCGUGCGGGAACACUACCUCCGGGAUGACAUUUGGUGCGGUUCGAAGCUGUGCAAGAAAUGCAAGCACGAAGCGCCCAUCCUGGAGAUCUCCCCGAGGAGCCCCAGCGAGCUGUUCACUUCGCCCCACUACCUCGUGCCGGACACAAACGUUGUCAUCCACCAAAUGGACGUUCUUAAGGAUGACGCCUUCACGAACCUUAUCGUGCUUCAAACGGUUCUUCAAGAGCUCCGGCACCGGCACGCUCCGGGCUACAACACCAUCAGAGAGAUCCUCGCCAACAAAGACAGACAAUUCUUUGUGUUCACCAACGAGCACCACAAAGAGACCUACGUGGAGCGCGAGCCUGGCGAAAGUGCAAACGACCGCAACGACCGGGCCAUCCGCGUCAGCGUCGACUGGUACAUGAACCACCUGAACUCAAGGGUGGACGUGGUCCUGCUCACAAACGACGAGGAAAAUCGUCGUAAGGCCGAGGCAGAGGGAAUCAAGGCGUGCACCUUUUCAGAGUAUGUGCGGAGUCUGAGGGACCAUCCGGGCCUCCUGGACAAGCUUGCCAAACUGGAGCUCGACGGAGCUGCCGGCGAAGUGGGGGACAAGCGCAAGGGGUUCCUGUUCCCGGAGCACCUCCCGCAGUCUGCGCUGCAUCUGGGCAUCAAGAGCGGCAAGUAUGAGCAGGGAAAGUUCCAGGCGAGCCGGGAAAACUACCUCGAGGGCAACGUGGUCAUUGGCGGCGACAACGAGGGGGAGUCGCGCUCCAUAUUGAUCCAGGGUCGCGGCCACCUGAACCGGGCCGUCCACGACGACUUGGUGGUGGUCGAGACCCUUCCGGAAGAGCAGUGGUCCCUGCCGUCGGGAUUGGUGCUCCUGGACGAAACUCAGGACGAGGAAGAGGACAAAGGGGAUGAAGAGGCCAAGCUUUCGAAGAAACGGGCCGUCUCGAAUAAGGUGCCGACCGGCCGCAUCGUGGGCAUCCUCAGGCGCAAGUGGAGACCGUACUGUGGAAUACUCCAGCCCUCUAACAUCAAGGAGGCAACCAGGCACCUUUUUGUGCCGGCCGAACGCCGGAUCCCGAAGAUCCGCAUCGAGACUCGCCAGGCAGACGUCCUGUGCCGCCAGCGCAUCGUCGUCUCCAUAGACAGCUGGCCGAGAGACUCUCGAUAUCCACAGGGUCAUCUUGUGAAGGCACUCGGCGAAGUGGGUGACAGAGCGACCGAGAACCAAGUGCUCCUCCUGGAGCACGACAUCCCUCAUCAGUGCUUCUCGAGAUCCGUUCUUGACUGCCUGCCCUCUCUGCCGUGGACCAUCGGACCGAAGGAAGAGAAGAACCGGGAAGACUUGCGGCAUCUCUGCAUUUGCAGCGUGGACCCACCAGGGUGUACGGACAUUGAUGAUGCACUGCAUUGCAGGGAGCUGCCCAAUGGAAACUAUGAGGUGGGAGUCCACAUCGCGGAUGUGUCGCACUUUGUCCGACCGGGAACGGCCUUGGACAAGGAAGCUGCCAACAGGGGGACCACAGUGUAUCUCGUUGAUCAGAGGAUAGAUAUGGUGCCUGAGUUGCUCAGUGCCAAUUUGUGCUCCCUCCGAGGUGGCGAAGAGAGGCUGGCAUUUUCAGCCAUCUGGGAGGUGUCCCCAGAGGCAGAAGUGCUUCAUACCAAGUUCCACAAGUCCAUCAUCAAGUCAAGGGCUGCCCUUACUUAUGCGGAAGCUCAAGCCCGCAUCGACGACACGUCUUUGAACGACGAGCUGACUCUUGGUUUGCGCGGACUCAACCGACUGGCCAAGAUCCUGAAGGCAAAGCGGAUUGCAAACGGGGCGCUGACGCUGGCCUCUUCGGAAGUGAGGUUUCACGUGGAUUCAGAAACUCACGAUCCGAUCGACGUCCAGACAAAACAGCUGCUGGAGACCAACUCAAUGGUGGAGGAGUUCAUGUUGCUCGCCAACGCGUCUGUGGCGAGGCACAUCUUCCAGGAGUUCCCGGAGUGCGCCCUGCUCCGGCGUCACCCGGCGCCAGCCCCCGCGAAUCUCGAGCCCUUGGUCAAGGCGGGACACUCCAAGGGCUUUGUGGUGGAAGUGGAGAGCGGCCUGCGUCUCGCCGAGUCGCUCGACAGGGCCGUAGACCCCGAGCAACCCUACUUCAACGUGAUGCUCCGCAUGGUGGCCACCCGCUGCAUGGCGAGGGCCCUCUACUUUUGCAGCGGCUGCGUAGCUCCGGAGGACUUUGAUCACUACGGCCUGGCGAUGCCUUUCUACACCCACUUCACCUCGCCUAUUCGAAGAUACUCCGACUUGAUGGUUCAUCGCCUCCUCGGAGUCUGCGUGGGAGCCGAGGCCACCUACCCAGAUCUCGUUCACAAAAACAAGUGCCAGGAGCUGUGCAACAACCUCAACUACAGACACAACAUGGCCCAGUACGCAGGCAGGUCGUCGGUUGCCCUGUACACUCAGGCCUUCUUCAGGGACAAGGUGCUGGACGAGGAAGGCUACGUGCUUUUUGUGCGAGAGAAUGCCCUCCAGGUGCUGAUGCCUCGUUUUGGCCUGGAGGCGACCCUGUUUCUCAAGGAAGACGGAUGGAGCUACGACCAAGAGGCAAACACUCAGACGUAUGGAGGCGUCACGCUUCGCCAGUUCGACCGUCUGGUGGUGCAGUUGUCGGUGGACAGCCGCAACGUCCAGCACCAGAAGGUGGUCGUCAGAUUGGUCGACCCAAAGAUCCCAGGCGUCGGCGUGGAACCGUCCGCACGCAAAGCAGACGACACGCAGAAACAAGCCGACGACCCUCCGCGCAAGAGAUCCAAAGUCGCCGCGUCCUCUUGAAAAUAAAUGCGGCGAAAGCAAA